AUGGCCGAACUGAAGGAAAUCCUCGUCAUCGGCGGCACAGGUGCUCAAGGUGCACCUGUUGUCAAGGCCUUGUCUGCGAGUGGACGAUACCGGGUCCGGGUCUUGACUCGUAGUGUCGAAUCAUCACGUGCCAAACAGCUCGGAGCUCUGCAGAAUGUAACUCUGAUCCAAGGCGCCCAGAACAACCAGGAGGACUUGCACAGGGCUUUCAAAGGCGUAUACGGCGCCUGGGUCAACACCGACGGCUUCACUCUGGGGGAGAAGGACGAGCUGUUCUAUGGAUUCAGAGCGUACGAGAUCGCCAGAGGCGAGGGCGUGCAGCACUACGUUUGGGCCAAUAUUGAAUAUGUCUUGGGUAUUGUCGACUACGACGAGGCGUACCACUGCGGCCACAUGGACGGCAAAGGACGAAUUGGAAAGUUUAUCCUUGCUCAAGGCCAGGAUGGCAUGAAGAGCUCUCUCUUCAGCACCGGACCCUACAUGGAUAUGCUUCUCGACGGAAUGUUCGUUCCCAGCGAGCAGCCUGACGGAUCGUUUCUAUGGGCCAAUCCGUCCCGAGACGAUGCCAAACUCCCCCUAAUUGCUCUCGACGAUGUUGGCGUUUAUAACCUUUGGCUGUUUGACAACCCCGACGAGGCGGCAGGCCUCGAUCUUUCCGUCGUAACUGACAACGUGAGCUUCCCGGAAAUUGCCAAAACCUUUACCGAGGUCACUGGCAAGCAAGGCGUUUUCAAGUCGACGCCCUUCGAGCACUAUGCAAAAGUUGCGGAGCCAUACCCGGGAGCCUAUGUGAACUGGUCACUUGGUCCAGAUGUGCCUCGGACGAGUCUGUCAUGA